UGGAAUGAAGCACCUCAACUUGUCCUUCUCGGCCUGUGGGUUUCUGGGCAUCUACCACUUGGGGGCAGCAUCGGCUCUCUGUAGACACGGCCAGAAGCUCCUGAGAGACGUGAAGGCGUUUGCGGGGGCUUCCGCGGGAUCCUUGGUUGCUUCUGUCCUGCUAACGGCGCCCGAAAAAAUAGAGGAAUGUAACGCGUUCACCUACACGUUUGCCGAAGAAAUCCGCAGGCAGUCGUUUGGGGCAGUCACCCCUGGCUAUGACUUCAUGGCGCGAUUGAGGAGUGGCGUGGAGUCCAUCCUCCCUCCCAACGCUCACGAGCUGGCCCACAACCGACUGCACGUGUCCAUCACCAACACCCAGACCCGAGAGAACUCCCUGGUGUCCACCUUCCCCUCCAGGGAGGACCUCAUCAAGGUUCUCUUGGCGAGCAGUUUCGUGCCCAUUUACGCCGGACUGAAACCCGUGGACUAUAACGGGCAGAAGUGGAUGGACGGAGGCCUCACCAACAGCCUUCCCAUCCUGCCUGGUGGCCGGACCGUGACUGUCUCCCCCUUCAGCGGGCGGCUGGACAUCUCCCCGCAGGACACAGGGCAGCUGGACCUGUACGUCAGUAUCGCCAAUCAACACAUAACGUUGUCCCUGGCGAACUUGGUGAGGCUUAACCAAGCUCUUUUCCCUCCAAGCAAGAGGAAAAUGGAAUCGCUGUAUCAACGUGGCUUUGACGACGCCAUUAAGUUUUUACUUAAAGAAAACUGGUUCGAGGAGAAUGCUGGAAAUUAAGUUUACAGGGCUGAACACAUUUCAGAACACAUUUCUAAUUCAGUCUUUUAAAAAACAAAAAUUGUCGGAACUCUGUCCGAUUAGUUUUGUAAUAGAUUUCUUUCCUUGGGAUAUUUAAGUUUUCACUUGCAAGGAAAGGAGGCACUUUAUUAGAACUUGGUAAUGUCAUUGAGAAGGAUACACUCGGGUGACAAGGGGUCGUUUUCCAGAACUGAAGUAGAUCAACUACUACAAACCAUGAAGAACCAAAUCAACCAAGGAGCCUGUACAUAAGAAUUAAGUCCGGAAUCAUUGUUCACAUAUUAUUUUUAAGUUUUACAGAUGCCAGGUCUUCCAUUUUUUGAGUAGUUGGCAUGUCACCUCCAGGACGUGUGUGUGGGUUUCUACUCACCCGUGUUCACGGUCCUGACUCCUAAAUCCAUCUUUAUGGGGCUUUGCCAAGCGUGAACUCUUAAUUACUAAGAAGCUGUUAGAAACAAAGCAGUUUCAUCGCAUGCCUUUAAUUGUUAUGCAUUUGUCUUUUUUAUCUUUUGAAACCGUUCUUUAAAUCAAUUGGAGGAUUCUUAAAAUUCCCAAUUACACAACUCUUAGCACAUAAACACCAAGUUGCCCUCCUUUCCUAUGCCUUCCACAGAGACUCGCUGUAUAGCUCAUGAGUUUCUAUUUUUGGUUUGUAUUUUUUUGGUUUUUUUCUUUGUUUGUUUGUUUUCUGACUGCAGCCAACUUGUAUUAUAGUUAAAUCUGAAUAUGUCAUUCUCAUAAGUGACGCGAAGUGGAUGGCUUUUCAGUUCAUUCUUACAUCUAAGUUUCACUAGAUUUUUCACCUUUUACCGUUUGAUGUGACAGUUCAGUAACUUCUUUGCGGAUGCCUCCUCGAGCAGAAACCAACAGUAGUACACUAGAUUCUUUAAAAAGUCUUUGGUGCCUACGGUGUGGGCCUUUGACCAUGUGGGUGGAUGGCACUUUCCUUGAAGAACGUUAUAGGGUCAUUGACAGAUGGGUCUGCAGUACAGCGACACUCCACCACGGGGACGUGUGACCGUGGCACAAAGCACAUAAUGUGUGUGCACCGGGCAUUCUCUGGGGGGAGGGGGGCCUGCUGUACCCAGUUCUGAGGGAAGGCAGGUCACAGAGUGUCCUCGCACCCCCAGGCUAAUGGCUCUGCCGUCUUACCGGGGCCAGCGUUUCGGGGUGCUGUGGAGCAGGGUACGCCGAAAAGCUGAAGACACUUUCUGACCCAGAUCCUGAUAUGUUUGCAGGGUAAUUACAGUGAUGGGCAGCUUGAUAACGUCCCCGUUCCCUGGUGGGGCAAUUUCCUCAUAUCCUCGAGUCUGUCAUUUAAAAUUUCAUUAGUCUUGCUUUUCUUCUUUUCAAUAUCACCCUUUACCUUGUAACUAUGGUAACCCGCUGCUUCCAUUGACAACGAGAGAAGAUAGAUUUGGUUUUAAAGUUAAAUACUGAGCUAAAGGAGCAAGCAGUGUAUUAACAAAAUCCACACUCUGUUACGUUCUGGAGUCACAGGACCAAUGUGGCCGUGUGUGUCCGAUGCUUGGGAAGAUACAGGCGUCUGGCCUGCGCACUGAAUUACGAUUCCAAACACACACGAGCACUUCAGACACACAGAUUUCAGUUAUUCUGCUGCUGAUUUUUUUCUGGUGAUGAGAACAGACGCGUAGCAUUACUUCUCUUUUUACAUUGUUAAAUAUUCAUCAUUGAAGGCUUGCGUUGGGUCUAAAGCAGUCCAGCAUUCAUACAGUGGAGGACCCAAGGACGGAGGUUCAGGGUUCUGACAUUUUUCUCGUCUAAGCUGUCUACGCUAUUGCAAACUAAAAUUGAACGUUGAAGCGAUUAUCCACAUAACUCGAAGCAGGAGGAAAAGGCAGUGACUGCAGAUCAGGAAAACAACAAUAAUACAAGUUGUUGUUAUUGUUAUUUGCAGAUUGACAGUUUAGUUGGGCUGAAUUCACCAUGUCAUUGCUCAGCUCUGCACUUCAUUUUGCCUCUGGUCACACGACUCCAGGCUUUGCUUAGUCGAUUCUAAUACAUAUAUUUAUGUAUUUCUCACAUACGUCCCCUCAGGAUCGUUUCCCCUGCCCCUCGAUUGACUUCACGAGGGGCAAAAAUAGGGUUCAAUCUUUUCCAUGCCAUUGAAAGCGUUUCUGAAUAUCUGGUCCUGCAAAACUCAUAAUGAUAGCAUAUCUGACUUAAUCCUGUAAUUAGGUCGGUUUUUUAAAAGUGUGAAUAUAGACAUAUAUAUAUAUAUAAUACAUAUGUAUGUAUUAUACACAUAUAUAUGUGCACAUACAUACAUACAUACAUACCUAAAAUACAACAGUAUGACAUGUACAUGUUAACUGACCUAAGGCUCAAUUUCAUUGUGUUUACAAAUGUUCUUUAAGUGGUAUACCGAUGUAUGAUAAAAAAAAAUAUGGUGAAUGUUUAAAUUAAAGAAAAUUUAUAGUAAAAGACACA